AUGCCGCAACGCCGACUAGAACACUAUUUUGUCCCCUCUCGCGCCCCAUUCAUCCCGACAGGAUGCAGCUUCCUGGAUCUCCCCCACUCCGUGCGCAAACUCAUAUACGAGUAUGCUGGGCUAGACCGCCUUUUGGUCGACCUCAACUACUCAAAUCUUAAAGUCUACCGCAAAGGUACAUAUCCUGAGACACGCGAUUGUCGUAAGCUUGAUGCAAAUGGCUGGUAUGAUCUGAAGAAGCUUGCUGUCGCUGAAAUGGACGAACUUUGGGAGAUCAACAGCGACUCAGAAGAUGUUAAAGGUUACGGGACGUCGUUGUGGGGCAAUGCCUAUGGUACGCAUCAGAGCAUGCUUCUGGCGUCCAAGCAGAUACAUCAAGAAGUUGAAGCUUUUAUAUAUGCCGGAGCUGUGUUUCGAGUCUGUCUGGGCCAACCCUUAGGAUUUACGAGGUUGUGGCGUAUGAGUGACAAUGCGCUUUCCAACUUAGGUUCGUUAACGAUUCGGCUUGAUGUCCCCAAGACUGUAGUCUGGAAUAGUGCCUGGGGAUAUUCACCUACGCCACCCAAACACAUUGACCUUGCAACCAAAUGGGGAACUUUGGUUUUAAAGAACUGGAUUUUGACUCUGGAACGUCUUGUUCGGUCAGUCAGGCCCGGCCAGCUCAGGCUACGUGUCGUUUUCCACGCAAAGACAAUGGGCGACGCGAGAGCCGUCAUCGAGCCUAUGAUGCGGCUCCCACUUCUAAAAGACUGUGGUAUAUGUGCGGAACUACAUGGCCAGAGUUGUUGGUGGAAACAGAAGCAAGACGGCUACUACCACAGCCAGUAUUACGAUAAGCUACGGCCUACACGUGAAGACACGGAGAUCUCCCGCCUCGUCCAACAGACCAUCCGGAAGCUCACCCUUAGUUACGCUUCGCAAUCCUCGAGUAUACCGAUCUCGUUUCUCCAGAUGCCGUGCAAUGGCGCCCUCGCAAAUGGAUUCCUCGAUCUCCGUCUUGCACAUAUUGCACAAACGGCUAUCGUACAGCGAUUAAAGAGAGCGAAUCUCCAUGCUUUUGCCAUUGUUUUCCAGGCCCAAACAUUGACGAUCACAUACAAUGGUAUCCUUGUUGCGAAGAUUGCAGCCCAGAAGAAUAUUCUAGCAUAUGCUAUUGCUCUUCCCGCGGCCCAAUCUGGUCCUCUUCUUGCAAGUGUCGUUUUCCCCCUCAAAUCCUCUUCACUGUUAGCAGCCAGUCCCGUAAUACGGCUCUUGGGAUUCGAUGACGGCAGGUGGCCCGCGGCUGGCAUUCAUUUCAUGCCGAAAAUCGAGCUGAGUCUCUAUCUAUCCUCCAUUGCCCACAAUGCUCUUCAACACAUUCGCUGGCUAGAGUGGAUACUACCGAGUUCGCAACGGACAUAUCUCCUCCCGAGCACUCCGGCUUGGCUCGACUACCUCGAUACUCUCUUACUAAUGCAAGAUACGAUGAAUAUGUCAGCACUCACCUUCACAAUCAACAUCUCAGCGUCAGGAAUGUUGUCGAGCGAUAACGAUUACGACUGGAAUAUAUGUUUGCCUCUGAACGAGGAUGCCUGGACGUGGUAUGACACGAUCAUACUUCCAGUGAGACGAUUGGGCGAGGCGGGAUUGAAGGAUUUCUUUGUGCACUUAAGGCAUCUUGAUAUUGAGACGGGGAGGAGAGAAAUUCAUGAGCAGAAUUUGGAGAAGAUGGUUAUGGGCAAGGAUUAUAAUAGCACGGGGAGGGGGAAGCCAGCGGAGAGGGUACAUAAGAUAGUCAAGGAGAGUGAUAACGGAAUGCGAAUGCGGCAGAAAUACGAGACUUGGGACAAGCGAUCACUGGAAACCAAGAAACAAGCCGCUGCAACGGUUGGCUUCAAAACAACGUGUAAUAGAAUGAUGCCAACAGGCAGCAUAUUAAGUCCACUCAUUCUUCGUUUUGAUGUCCUGCGCGAAUGGGAGAGCAAGUGCAUCUGCAUGGGGUUUAGGUAG